UUUUGUAGGCUUAGGCCUAGUUUUGUGCGCAUAGAGAGAGAACUAUCCUGUCUCUGCAAGAGCCUUCACUUUGACUGUCGCAGUUGCGCCCAGCAACCUCUCCGCUUCUCAUAGUUUUGACAGUAAUCGAUCCAUGGGGAAGCCAGUCGCUGAGGCACAGCCCAAGCCUCCCCCGGCACCCCUCUCGACCCUCGUGUUUGGCGAUUUUAUGUGCACGUCCCUCUGGGUGGUGGCAUCAAGCUGCUUUGCAGAGGCGAGUGAAUACCUGGCUGAGCAGACGGGCCUGGAUGAACUCGUGCUGGGUAUCGCCGUCCUGAUCUCGGCCCUGACAAUCUUUGGGCCGCUAUGUGGUAUUUUCGGCGGCGCGUUGUUCAACCCUAUCAACAGCAUUGCCCUCCUCAGCAGCGGAUCUGGGACGGCCACGUCCCACCUGCUCCGAAUGUGCGGCCAGCUGGCGGGUGCGAUAGCGGGCAGCAUCUUCGCCAAAACGCAUCUACCGGAGUUUCUGCAGGGUAAGUUUCACACGCUGUCCGGCGGAAUCAAGGAGGGCGUGGCCUUUGAAGUGGGCUUCGCCGCGGAGGGCACCUUGAGCUUCGUGCUGAACUACGUGUUCCUCAUGUCGCUGGAGGCGGAGAGCUCGCUGCUCAAAACGUGGACGCCCAUGGUAUCCACAAUUGUACUGAGCUGGAUUGGGUACUACUUCACCGGACCGUCACUGAACCCGUUCGUGAGCUUCUCCUGGCACAUGCACUACAAGCGCCAAAAUGACAUCGAGCAUUUCCUGGUCUUCUGGAGUGCGCCCAUCCUCGGCGCCGUCUUCGCCGGCCUGGCGUACUCCUUCCGGCACAAACCGCCGGCUGCGCGAAAGCAGCGGAGGCCAUCGAAGGCGGCUGUGGCCGCGCGCGCGCAGCAGACGCGGCAGGCUGUGGCAGCGCGGGAGCACACAAAAGAACAGAACAGCAAGCACGGACACAGCAGCCACAACUCGCAGCAACAGUCUGGAAAGGAGCUGCGGUGACGCAGGUAGAAUGCGUGGAGGCGGGCCGAAUGAGAGACAGCAUUGGCAGGGGCAGCAGCGGCUGGUGCUCGCCGUAGCGUCCAUGUUGAUAACUGGCAUCCCGCAGCCGAGGAGCACCCAUAGGCACCACCCAGGCCGGUAGCGGUGCAGUCGUACCGGGCUCCUGCGUCACCGCCCAUAUUAGUCAUUCGGUUGUAAGUGUGCACAUUGUUUGGACUCAGUCGAGCAUUGUUUAGCGAGUCUAGUACGUCGGCGGAGCUUGUCCAUGUGGCGAUUCGGCGUUGGCCGCUCUCACGCCAGCCUGACAAUUCUUGCGCACGGUGACAUGGCCGGGCCACCAAGACCUUUUACGGGUGCUUGAAAGGACGCUAGCCCCAAUGAUUGAUGACCAAAGGGGUUUAGCGGCCUGGCGUGCUUGUUGAGGUAUUAGCAGAGUAGUAUUAGCUUCUGGCCAGAUUCGAAGGUCCGGUCAUGGUGAAAUGGUUGCCACAACGGGCAUGCACGACGGGCAUGGUAUGAGAGUCAUCACUUAUCACGUUGAGGCUUCUGGGCAUGCACGCGGCUGAACACGAGCGGCUACAUGCGAAGCGCAUCAGGAACACUGCGAUACGGUGAAAGCGAAGCACCAACUACUGUACUUUUGGGUGGGACUGUCAUUGGGUGAAUCAAAUGCACCGAUCGUGCACGUUGCCCAUGUUGCGCCAUGCGCGUCCAGCUCUGUGACGAUAUCGCUCUCGUGCACUGCUGUCCAUGGUACUUAGCUUACAGUAAGUCUGGCAGGCUUUGCAAGGGUUGGCACGAGCUGUUUGGACGGGGAAAUAGCGGUGGGUAAUGCCGAUGUGGGGAGGGGGCCACGGGAGGGGGGCGUGCUUGAGACGCACGCUUGGCCAUGGCGCCGGUGGCUGUGUUUUUUGCCUGAGUUUGCUCGGCGUACAAGGUUGUGACCAAAUGAGAACGGCCGCACCGUAUCUAUGAGGGCCACUUAGUCUGAAAGCUUAUGCAACUCGAAAUUCCGCUACCUGA